AUGCCAAUCACAACUGACUGCUGCCAGGCACACAAAGUUGAAGCACUCAUUUAUGGCCCUGAUAUUGAGUUCUUCAAAAACCACUUCGCUGUGUACCAAAGAUACUUCAUAUCAAAUGCAAAUGUUCAAGAGGUCCAGCAGCCAUAUCACUCUCAAAAGCGGCAAAACUUCUGGACAAUUGCCAACUCAACUGUGGUUGAGCGACUAGAAGAGCAAGAACCACAAACCAUCCCUGAUAUAUACACCUUCGCGAACUUCACGGAUAUGUAUCAGCAUGUCGACUCCAACACUAAAAUAGACAUUAUUGCAGUUGUAAUACAUGCUUAUCCAAGAAACAUCAGAGCCACAACAACCACAAGAGACAUAGUUGUGAUUGACCAGAGCUGCAUACUUAUCAACCCUCCAAUACCUCAGACUGCUGAACUCAACACAUGGUGCCAACAGAACCAGGAUGCAAUUUUCCAAAUGGUCCAUAACAAAUCAUAUGAGGAUCGAAAUAAGUUGCUCCCUCCUCCAGUUGACAACACUGUUAUUACAAUACAGACAUUGCUGAUGACAGAUGAGAAAAAAGCUUUUUGGGUGAGCGGCAUUCCAAAGCUUGUUGACACAAACCAAAGACUUUGGUACACUGCCUGUCCUACAUGUAACAAAUAUCUAAAGUCAAAGCCAAAUUGGGCUAUUCCGUGCACAUCAUGCAACAAGCGUAUACAUGUUGUUACAAGGUGCAGAAUGACAGUGGAACUUAGUGAUCACACUUCAACAAUAACAUUGGAUAUCAAUGGUCUGGAUGGUGAACAACUAUUACCCUUCAGUCUAGCAGAACUUCAACGACAGGAAGCUCAGCUUUUGCUAAUCUGCCCUAAACUUGUGCAUAGCGCAAUGUCAAUCAUGAGAGGAUACAAGAAGCUAUCCAAAACAACAGGAUCAUCUGCCUGGUGA